CGUCGGCACUAGGUCCUCAGCAAUUUUUGAGUUUGCUGACAAGCAACCCCUCCCUUGGCCAGACAGCGUUAUCGUCGAUCAACCGCCGUCCCCUCUUUCUGGACGACUCGAAGUGCCACCGCCGAGGAUGUUCCGCAAGAGAAAGGACGUGUUCGUCAUCCCUGGCCCAAACCACACCGAAAACGCCGGCGGCGGCGGCGUCCCCGCCGUGACCCUGCUUAGGGUGGGGCCCGCGCCGGACCGCAGCCCCGUGCGGCGGCCCUGGUACGCGGGUGGCCGCCACGGCAUCCCCGGCUUCCCCUUCCACCGAAAAACUUCGCGGGCCGCGUGGAGGAUCAGCCGCGGCCUGCGCACCCGCUGCUCGCACGACUCUGGCGUCGAGGUCUCGAGUAGCGCUCCUCCGUCCCCGGGAACAGCCGUGGUCGUCGUCGCUACCGCCAACGAUGACGCCGAUGACAACAACCCGGCCGUGACGACGGUGCCCUUGAGGCAUCGGAACUGUGCUCCCGGCGGCGUGUCCGGCUCUGUCGACGGAUCGCCGGUGGCAGUGCUCUCGGACCUGCCUGGCGAGCGCCAUCCGUCGGCCCAGCCUCGAAGAGGCAGGAAAGCCGCGGGGAAAUAUCCCCGAGGCCACGAGUCUGGGGAGGCUCAGAGACUCGAGCUCGUGGACGAGGACGGUGUCCGGGAGCCCUCAGUAGAGUCUGAAGACGAGGUUGUGAGCGGGGCAUCAUCGGACAAAAAGCCGACACCGAGUGUCUCGCAAGUAGCGGGCAGGAGGCGCAGGGAGACGUGCGAGCGUCGUAUGGGAGUGGAGAUGGAGCGGCCGCUGAAGGAGAAGAGCGCGGAUCGCACUGACGGACUGCAUGAGCGCCGUGUUCAGGUAAAAGCUGCUGCAGCGGUGGGCGUGGGCAUGGGGCUGUGCCACCUGGACCAACUGUGCCGCCUCAUGGAGAAGAUGGGGCACCUCAAUGAGGCCAACAGGAGGCUCCAGCAGCAGCUCGUGCAUCUACAAAGUGACCUGCAGGCCCAGAGGUUCCAACAGGGCCUGCUGCUGUCCGCCUGCCGGUGCGGGACGCGCGCUUGGGUGCAGCAGCACUGGCUGUCACUGGCGCAGUCUCCAGGCAGCGCUGGCCCGAGGCUCCGCUCGCACUCCGACGUCGCCGCGGAGACGUUCGUCGCUGCGGAGACGCUCGGCGCCGCUGUGCACAGGCAGCGGCCGCCCCCGGGAGCUGCAGGCAUGCCGAGACGCAGCUGCUCGGUCAACACCCACGGUCACGUCGACGCCGCCCUCGUGGAGAAGGACCGGGGGUCCAUGGCCCCCAAGAAGCACGUCCUCAACUCGCUACCGUAGACGGUGGAGUCCGUUCGCCGCAUUGUGUUGGGACCGGAGGGGGGUGGUGGGAGCAGGCAGCACUAAUGGCGGGACGAGAGCCACCCUCGCUCCGGCAAUAAACACGAACCAACCCAGCCCUACGGCGUAGCGAUACUGCUCGCCUUUACAGGUGCUCGAGCUGGCCUCACCGAUUAUGUAAGAAAGCGAUUGCUCGACAAAUCAGAAAACACCAAUUUGGGGGGUGGGGGUAAGUCUGACCUCUGUUCUCAUGUGUGCCGCUGGAUGGGAGGUGAUGGGCGGGGCUUGUUGACAUCACCAGCCCCAUCACGCUGGUGGAGGUUCGUAGGGGGUUUCCUGCUUUCGGGAGGCAGGAUGUCGGGGUGGCCGUCAAUAUUAAGUAGGGCCCGAAUAAUCGACCAGGAAAAAUAAUCGAUGACAAUUUUCCAACGAUGUAAUCGAUUUUGAUCCUCAGCUCUGCAAGGUACCCUCGCCAUCAUCUCUCUUCCCUAUCUCAAUUUCACCCUCGACCCCACACCUCCUCUGCACUGAUGUGUUAUUUAAGUGCUCGGCUGAUACUCGGAGCUGCUCGGAGGACUUUUAUUGUGAGAUGGUGUUGGGUUCAGCGCACCCGGCGGCAGUGUAUUUGUAACGUGCAAUUACUGCAAGCGGGGUUGAGCCGAGGUCGUGCUUGUAUGGGCGAUCGCCAUGCAUGACCAGCGUUAUAGGCUGCUGCCAGCAGAGUGCAUUGCAGCAAGAUCUAUUAUUGUACGGUACCCACGCUGGCCAGAUUACUCCCCCCCCCCCCCCCCCCCCCCCGUGAUUCGCAUGGUGUCGGGAGGCCCUCAUCCAGCAGUGGCUUGACACAGGGGCUCCAUAAUAAUCGCCAUGACCAGUUAGGGGGUUAUUGUACACAUGUACAAUAACGUGUACAUCACAAGGAGCUUUCGUUGCAGAGAGUUCUUUUGUUCUUUUAAAUCUGCCAGCUUUCUGGAGGGCUGAGGGCCCCAGUGCCUUUGCCUGAGAGGUGCCCCCCUGCAGGCAAAGCUGACUGGUGUGCGCAAGUCAAUGGAACGAGCAGCGCUGCACGAUCUGGAAUUUUUUAUCCUUGCAUCAAGAAAUCCCCAAAUCCCCCUCCCUCUAAGCUUUACCGAACUCUGAAAUCACCUCUUCCUACUUCUCAACGUCACCUAUUUAGGCUGCUGGAUUGUAUUGCCAAAAGGGCAGUUAAACAUCUGAAUUCAUGCUUGUGCCCUCUUUGUAGUCAAAUUCAGGGAGUUUCUGAACUUGAUUUGCGCGAUCACAACCAAGACGUUUAAGUAUUUUUCUGGUUAAAAGACUGUCUCUGAGAACACUACAUGAAUGUACGGCACAGCAUACUUGCGAACUCUAUGGUAGACUGGCAAUGUUUAAAUCCAUUUACCGCAUAGCGUUAUGUUGAAAAACGAAAAUUGUCAAGAUAUUUUUUCAAUGUGGUAAAUGUACCAAACAAAUGGCAGCUUGGCACUUAGCAUCUUUUAGGGUUGGCAGUUGUGGUAUUUGUGAUGUGCACUGGUCAGAGGGGAGAAAAAGCUGAGAAUUUGAGUUGAACAUUUUAAUUCGUAAAACAAAAGUUAAUUGUAUACAGGUUUACGAAACUAUAUUGGUGAGUACGGAAUAAAUCGCUGUCUUUACGCAGCACUGCUCCGUAAGAAUUGGUAUCCUUCCACCAGUACAGUGAUUGGUAGAGACCGGGUAAUGUAGCGAAUGCAUGCAUUGCUAUUGUUUCCAGCCAUUUGCGAUGAUUCUCUCUUAACUACGUCACAUUUUAAAAAAUUGCCGUUUUCGACUCUGCCGCUAACAGUAAUCGCUUUGCCGAUUAUCAGCUGCCUUAUCCAUUUUUAAUAAGCGUAUCCCUUUAACCAACAAGCAAUUUUGUAGAUAUUUUAGCACUGGUUUUAUUAUAUGUUGAAAACUAUUGGUUCAUGACUGGAGGAUGAAAUUAUUGCAGGUUUGGAAUGUUGAGGUUUAUUUUGCUUGUAGUUAAAAUUUUACUGACAAAAAAAACUUUUUUUAAGAAAUGCGCGCCAACGUAAUGUUCCUUCAUAAUGGUUGCAUGUUCCUUACGGACCCAGGUCAUAGCCGUUUUUGCAGGAACACCUGUUUGAGCAAAAAAAAUACAUUGGGCCUUUGUUAGGUUUUGCAUAGCUGUUACGGAACACCUGAGCAGCUGCACAGCAUUUUUAAUCGGACGGAGUCGGGGAACUUUUUUUUACAUUGCGGACAUUCCUGCAACGUCAAUGUGCAAUCGGCAUGCCUGUUGUGAUUGAGGUGGUGGGUUUCACCUCUGCGGUUUUAAAAGUCCAUAUUUCAAGGUGACCUUUCUGCUUCGACAACUCCUUCAUUCAGCGGUAAUUUCAAAGCCAUUUAUUUCAACUGCGGAUUUUUCUGGCUUAAAAAAAUUCUAAAGUAACUUUGUGUAGGAAUUCAUGGAAUGUCCAAAUUGCUUGCUGUUUAUUUUAUGCAUUUGGCCCAGAUUUGUUCAAGAUUUAAUAUCGCCCACCUCUCUUUUGAACAUAAUUGCACAUUCCAUAUGAUCAAAUCUCAUAAGUCAAGAGUCGUGGAUUAUUACACUAAUGUACAGCCGUACAAAUUAUCAUGUCCACUUAAAGCUAUUUCACAUACUGGAAUUUUAGUCAAAGUAUCUGGAAUUGAUCCGUUUAUUGGUUUGUAUAUCCAGCAAAUAUAUCAAUCUUGUUUGGAAAAUUAGUUUUAUUCUGAAAUUAUUGUAAGAUUAAUUGCUAAAUUCAAUGUGAAAGUUCCUUAUUAAUACACUACUCACUCCAACAAGGUUUUGUGGGUCGUAAGCCAUAAGGUUAUGGUCACUAUUUUAUUAGCAAUAUUUUGGAUUUUGAAUUUUAACAGUGGCAUGUGCUGAUUUUUAAA